AUGUUGAAAGUUCACUUCCUGGAUCCUCUUUUCUUGGCUGCUUCCUGUCUGUACAGCCACUUCCUUUGCUCUCAUAUCUUCCAGUAUUCCUUGUCAGUGGAACUGCUUCUUGUCUACUUUGCUCCAUCUUCUGCCUGCCUUGCAGUUAUGGAUGCCUUCUCUACCCUGCUGCUGCAUCCCACACCUCCCACUCUUGGCACCCUUAACCUUCUGCUGCCUUUCCUUUAUGCUGCUGUCUGGGUCUUUGGGGUUGAUGUUGGAUAUGGGAGAAAUUUGAAACUGAUCAUUGCUGUCAGGAUGAAGGUGGAGAGGGGCAUUCUGAAGAUCUUUGUUUCGGCUGCCCAUGGACCCCGGGGGCUGAAGGGAGAGAAAAGAGAGCCUGCAGUGCUGGAACCUGGUAUGCUCCUGGAGGAGCCCCCUGGUUUAGAAGGCCCCGUGGUGAGUAAUUCUAUAGACCCUAAACUCAGUGGGGGACCCUCACCAUCCGUGUGCAACACUGAACCUGCUGUCACUCUGUGCAUCCAAGUAGAGGACUGGUUCUCCCCGUCAGACCAUGUGUCAACAUAUGCAGAGUUUGUGCAGACACACAGACCCUCUGGAGAGUAUAUGUUUGAGUUUGAUGAGGAGGAGCAGUUCUAUGUGAACCUGGAUGAGAAGGAGAUGGUCUGGCAUCUACCAGAGUUUAUUCACACCUUUGACUCUGGUGCUCAGAGGCAUAUUGCUGGCAUCGUCAUGGCAAGGAAGGACUUAAACACCCGGUUCAAUGACUCAGUCAAUGGCAGUAGGCUCCUUGGGUUCUAUCCCCUUUUGGAACCCCCCGAUGUGACUGUCUUUCCUAAGGAGCCGGUGGCACUGGGCCAGCCCCACACCCUCAUCUGCCAUGUUGAUAAGUUCUUCCUGCCGCCGCUGAACAUCACGUGGCUGCGCAAUGGGUCAGUCAUUGAGGGUUUUGCAGAGACCAUCUUCCUGCCCAGCAAGAAGCUCAGUUUCCACAGGUUCCACUACCCGAUCCUCCUUCCCACGGCGGAGGACACCUGUGACCUCCAGGGGGAGCACUGGGGCCUGCACCAGCCUCUCCUCAGGCACUGGGGUAUGGGGCGCCCUCCCUCUGCCAUCACGGCGUUGGCACCACCUUUAUUUCCUGGACCCAUCACCCCUCAGCACCUGCUUUCCUCAAUCCUAUGUUUUAUGGUCACUUUAUCCAAAUUUCACCAUCUCAUGGUUUCAAAUACCCAACACCUCCCACACCCAAGGCCAGCUUCUGCUCUCUGUACCUUAUUACUCUGUCUUCCCUUGGUGGCCCAGAGGUCCGGGAACUAAUCCAGGUGCCUGAGACCAUGGAGAUGCUGGUCUGUGCCCUCGGCCUGCUGGUGGGCCUGGCGGGGAUCCUCAAUGGCACCAUCAUCUCAAAGACCAAGCCAUCUGACAGCAUCCCUGGGUCCAGGGGCUCCUGUGAGUCAUCCUAGAGGUGCAUUAGGGACACAGUGGAAUA